AUGAGCGCGAAGCCUGACUCGCUAAUGACAUUUCUUGAGAUGAUCACGGGCAUGGAUCUCCGGAUGCAGAAGAAAGAGGCGUCGCAAGUACGCCUCAACGAAGACGAGAGGAUGCGCGUACAUCACGAUAGCGGGCUGUUUAAAUCAGAGAUCGAGGAGGACUUUGCAGGGGGACCCUACGACGGAGUGAUGAAGCUUGAAGACUUGCACGAUCGGCAGCCUCAGCAUCCAGAGCGGCGCGUACCAGCGCGGCUAAACGAUUUAAGGAUGCGAACGAUACAGCAGCCAAUGCAGCGUAUUAAUUCGUCACUAUUCUUGCCUGCCUUCUUGCCACCACACCAGCCAACACCAACGCCUCAAGUGAUGCCGGUAGCUCAAAGGCAGCUAGUGCAGCAGCAGAGACAAGUGACGCUGAUUCAGUAUUGCGCUCCAGAUGCGAGGUAG